UUCUCUAUUUGGACGGAUGUCCUGCCCUCUGGCUGUUCCCGGUUGAGGCGGGACAGCGGGAGCCAUGGCGGGUGUGACCGAUGUUCAGCGGCUACAGGCCCGGGUGGAGGAGCUGGAGCGCUGGGUAUACGGACCAGGCGGGUCUCGCGGCUCGCGGAAGGUGGCUGAUGGCCUGGUCAAGGUGCAGGUGGCUUUGGGGAACAUCGCCAGCAAGAGGGAGAGGGUGAAGGUUCUGUACAAAAAAAUUGAAGACUUGAUCAAAUACCUGGAUCCUGAGUACAUUGACCGCAUUGCCUUACCUGAUGCCUCCAAGCUGCAGUUCAUCUUGGCAGAGGAGCAGUUCAUUCUCUCGCAGGUUGCACUUCUGGAGCAGGUGGAGGCUCUGGUGCCCAUGCUGGACAGCACUCACAUCAAAGCCGUUCCUGAGCAUGCCGCCCACCUGCAGCGCUUGGCCCAGAUCCACAUCCAGCAGCAGGACCAGUGUGUGGAGAUCACUGAGGAGUCCAAGGCGCUCCUGGAGGAAUACAACAAGACUACAAUGCUUCUCUCCAAGCAGUUUGUGCAGUGGGAUGAACUUCUCUGCCAGCUAGAAGCUGCCAAGCAAGUGAAGCCUGUGGAAGAGUGAAUGGCGCUUCCCAUCCCAGAGUGGGCUGGGGCAGCCAGGCUCCAGGACCUGUGCCAGCCUGCCCUUGUAAGAGAGCAGAAAAGAGGUGGCUCUGUAUUUAUUGGAUUCAAGACCUACCUGGCUGCACUCAGGUGGGGCUCUGAGGUCAGAGGUCUGGUUACUUGAGAUUUGCUCUUUGCACCUCCUCCCCUCAUCAGUAUCCUGUUCCAGUGACAAUAAAACUGUAGAGGUCACUGCA